GAUGCAGCGAGGAAUGCGACCCACACACACUCGUGUGACUUCCUUCAGCCCUUCUCCUUUGUGUUCAGCAUCUUCCCAAAGCCAGUUAAACAGGCCGUGGAUCUCGAAUUCAGACCCCCCCUUCUUCAGCUGCAUGGCCGCUCUUUCGAACUCUGGUUGAAUUCCAACCGCCGUUCCCUUCAUCGUCAUGGCAUUAGCUCCGUCUGGCCCGACCGUUCUGGCCGUCAGCUUCACCCUCAUCGGCAUCGCAGCGUUCCUCAUUGCAGCCCGGAUAUAUCUGCGGCUGAAGAUCCAAAGGAGGAGACUCCAAGCGAGCGAUUUGUUUAUGAUAGCGGCAUGGUGUGCCGCUGUGUCGACUGCGUCCUUUGACGUCUUCUUCUUCGUCAAUGGGAUCCUAAGGGCCGAUCUUAACUACACGCUCGUGAACUACGACGCUGAUGCUCAGACCUUUGAAUACAUUUUAAGGGUCAUGUGGGGAGGCGUGAUACCCUUCUUCAGCACGUUUUACCUCUGCAAAGCGUCGUUGCUCGCCGUCUACCUGCAGCUGUUCCCCGUAUUCAUGGUCAAACGAAGGAUUGCACUCUGGGCAACAAUUGUAUACUGCGCGAUAGCGUACGUGGUGUCUAUAUCGUUGGUGUUAUUCCUCUGCUAUCCUAUUGAUAGGAACUGGACCGUAACCAAGCCCGAGCGUUUGUGUCCUACAACUGUGCCAGCUACCAUAUUCCAAAUCUCCUGGUCAUUGAACUUCUUCGGCAGUCUCCUCCUCUUUGCCCUACCUUGGAUGAUCGUCUAUAAGCUGAAAAUGGCCCGGCCAAUGAAGAUUGCCCUAUACAGUGUCUUUCUUCUUGGCUUGGUCGACAUAUCCUUCUCGUUGACACGAUUCCUAACAAUCCAGUUGGGCAACGAGGGCGACUUUCGAGCCAUUACUCUCAUCGAACUUUGGAGUGCUCUAGAUGCAUACGGUGGCCUAAUAAUCGCCUGCCUUCCCUCUCUGCGACCGUAUCUUCGCAAAGACCCCGCCGGGUCAUACGACGAAGAUGACAAGUCCCCACAUCCCAGUCGAUCGACACCAGCCCGCCGAGCUGGCCAGAACGGAUUUGAAGAGAUUGACGAGACGUCAUAUCCCAGGAGUACCGACGACAUUACAAGUGGACCGUUCAGACGUCGAGACUCGAAUUCGCCCGAUAUUAUAGCGCAUAGCACGUGGACCUUCGAUAAAAAGAGCAACAGAAGUGACGUUGAGCUGGUCAACAUCAACGCGAGGGCACCUGUUAGAGAGGAGGCGCAUGUAUAAUUGUUUAAAUUAUCUUUAGAUGCCAUAACGAAGCCAUGAAGAACUCGGCCUACAAUUAUCCGGCCGGAUUCUGAUACUGCUCAAUUCGAGUUGGAAGCAGUACAGACUGAUAUUACAAGAGGAGGAAAGAACAUUCUCCAGACUAGUCAAAGGAUCCUAGGUGAUUCUAAUAAAGAUACCCGCUCUCAAUGAUUAUAUUGCCAAA